ACGCGUCGCACAACCCGGAAGUGUCGGGUUACGUGAAUUCCCUUUAACCGCUGCCAUGCAGUGUGUGUGUGCUGUAACGCAGAGAGAUGAUGAACAGGUUCGGUGCCACUUUUUGUCCUUUUUGGUUCAAAUCUACAUCCGUGAAUGUGUUUAAAACUUUAUUCCGAAAUCCUGCUGCGAGAAAUCAGAGUCUGAGCCGCGGGUUUCACAUCAACAGCCAGCUCAGGACAGGAAAACUGGUCCGUAAUGGUGAGGACAGGAAACCAGUGAUUUGCAUCGAGGGAAACAUCGCGAGUGGAAAGACGACGUGUCUGGAGUAUUUCAGCAAAACCAGCAACAUCGAGGUUCUGACGGAGCCGGUUUCCAAAUGGAGAAACGUUCGAGGACACAAUCCCCUGGCGCUGAUGUACGAAGACCCGGCGAGGUGGGGUCUCACACUGCAGACCUACGUUCAGCUCACUGUCCUCGACCAUCACCUGUCCCAAAUCGCAGCGCCGGUCAGGAUGAUGGAGAGAUCGAUAUACAGCGCAAAGUACAUAUUUGUGGAAAAUCUGUAUAAAAGUGGGAAGAUGCCCGAGGUGGAUUACGCCGUCCUGAGCGAGUGGUUCGAGUGGAUCAUCAGUAACAUCUCCAUUCCUGUAGAUCUGAUUGUUUACCUGCAGACGUCGCCUCAGAAGUGUUUUGAUCGUCUGAAGCAGAGAUGCAGAGAAGAAGAAAAAGUCAUUCCACUGGAGUACCUGCAAGCUCUUCAUCAUCUGUAUGAAGACUGGCUGAUAAAUCACACCUCAUUUAAAGUUCCUGCUCCUGUUCUGGUGAUCCCAGCUGAUCAUGAUCUUCAGAAGAUGCUCCAUCAGUACGAGGAGAACAGAGAGAAGAUCUUCACCGUGCCUCGAGCUUCAUAAAGAGAAACGUUUUGUUCCAGAGGCAGUGUUCAAUCCAGCCGAGUGUGUUUCCUGCCCUGUUUUAACUUCAUUAAGUGUGUGUGUGUGUGUGUGUAUUGGGGUAAGUGUUAAACAAUACUUCAUAAGGGUUAAAUAAUAAUGUAAAAAAUAAAUAAAUAUCAGUGAUAGUAAUUAGGGAUAAUUAUGAAUCUUUGAACUGACAGUGAAUCAAUUUGAUUCAUGAUUCAAAAUCAAUUUUUGUAAGUUAAGAUGAUUUGAUUCAGUGAGUCGAUUCAGUGAGUCAUUUUUUAUUGAUUUAUAUUUUUCCCAGCUGCUAGUCUGUAACGCACACACACACACACACACACACACACACACACACACACAGUGUAAUCUCAGGCUCAGGUGUGUGUAGAGGACCACUUUCUAAUGAAGUUUAUUUGUUAUUUCUUAUAUAUUAUUAUUAUUUAUUUUCCUCAUUUGCAUAUUAAUUGGUAUAUCAUUCAUAUUUAUCUUGCUGUUUAAAUCACAUUCCACAGAUCAGACCUUCAUCCUGUUUCGUAAAGUUAAAACACCGAACACAAGACCAGUUUUUGUAAAGUUUAUUUUUAUUUGUUUGAAGCGUACAAAACCCUGAAAUUCUCAUUAAGGAAGUGGCACGUGUGAUUGGAGGACCAACGGAGACUCUCUGUACUUUUUACUGUCGUAUUGUUUACACUGUAAUUUUAAUAAACCAGUGAGAAACAGA